UCUUUGAAAGUACAUACUUUCUCAUGGCUUAUUUCAUAAGUGAUCCAACAAGUUUCUGUUGGGCUGUGGACAGUGCCAUAAGAAGUGAGACUGCCUCAAGUUUGGGAGCAUCCCCUCCCCAUAGUUUUGCUUCGGUGGUGGACUAUGCAUUGAGAAGCAGUUGUGCUUCUGAAGCAGAUUUUGGAACGUCCCGUGUCCCCAGUUUUGGUUCGGGAGUGGACUAUGUGAUCAGGAGUAGUUAUGGUGGAGGAACAGAUUUCGAAACCUUCCCUGUGCCUGGUUUUCCUUCUGAGGUUUACUCUACCACUGUUGCUGAAGAGUCAUCACCAGUGUUGUCAUAUGUCACAGAACAUGCUGUUAAAGGCUUACGAUUAUUCAGCCAGGCUGAGCUUGCAGCAGCGACCAACAAUUUCUCACUUCACAACAAGAUUGGUGCUGGAAGGCUUGGUGUUGUGUACAAAGGCAAACUGGUUGAUGGUCGUGAGGUUGCAAUCAAGAGGGGUGAAACCUGGCGAAAGAAAAAGACCUCAUCAGUUAUAUCUGCAUUGACCUACUUGUCCCGUUUACACCACAGACACUUGGUUGGGUUGGUUGGAUUCUGUGAAGAGAAAUACGAGAGGAUGUUGGUGUAUGAGUACAUGAAGAAUGGUACCUUGUAUGAUCAUUUGCAUGAAAAUGGUAGCAAUGUGUUGAAUUCGUGGAAAAUGAGGAUCAAUAUUGCUUUGGAUGCUUCCCGAGGAAUAGAAUAUCUUCAUAAGUAUGCAGUCCCUCUAUUUAUUCACGGGGACAUCAAGUCUUCGAACAUUCUACUUGAUGGCAGUUGGAUGGCAAAGGUGUCUGAUUUUAAAAUGUGUUUGAUGAGUGGAGAAGCUGAGGGUGAUUACCGAGGAAUAAAGGUAGGAGGAACAGUUGGAUACAUUGAUCCUGAGUACUAUGAUCUAAAUAUGUUGACAGCAAAGAGUGAUGUGUACGGGCUGGGAGUUGUACUGCUAGAGCUUUUAACAGGAAAGAGAGCUAUAUUCCUUGAUGGGGAAAAUGGAGGUAAUACCCUAUUAAGUGUGCACCGUUUGGUGGACUUUGCAGUGCCUACCAUUUUGGAUGGAGAAUUGGUCAACAUUUUGGAUUGUAGGGUUGGAGCACCGGGUGUGAAUGAGAUACAGGCAUUGGAGUUGGUGGCCCAAACAGCCAUUCAUUGUGUGAAUCGGAAAGGGAAAGAUAGACCAUCCAUGACUGAUAUUGUGGCCACGUUGGAGACAGCAUUGGCCAUCUGUUAUGGUAGAUCUUAUCAUAGGAUGGAUUUUGAAAAUAUAGUUUGGAAAUACAAGAGAUAGGUUAUAUAUAUAGAAAGGAUUUUUAAUUUUAUUUUAUUUAUGUAUUUUAUUAAUUUUAUUUUAUCCAACCUUUACGCCGUCUGCACCACAAUCACUUGGCUGGGCUAGUUGCUUUCUGUACAGAAAGA